UGAUUAAUUCUAAAUGUGUAAGACUUAAAGAGAUAUUGUGCCUGUAUGUUUGUAUCAGUCUUCCUUUUUUUUUUUUCCUCUGUGAGCCCCCAGGGUCAAUUUUUGAGCAAGGAGUUGUCCUCUGAUUGGGUUCAUAUAUUGAAUGAAAGCAUGUUUGCAUAACCAUAGUGUAUUGGUAGAUUAGCUAGAUUGGCAAGCCAUAAACAAGCAAACCACAUUAUGAGUUAGUGUGAGGUGUGAGCUCAUCCCCUUUUGAUUUGGAGCUGGAUUAUCCCCAGAAUAAUAAGACUGUUGAGUUAUGGACCAUCAAACCCAACAUACCUUCCCUGUCUCCAAGAAAGGACUUGGCCCUUUUGCGUUCCUCUGGAGUCUAUUUCUAGUUACCCCCAUCCUCCACCCAGGAGCCAAACUUGAAGAUGUGGCUAUAGUUAGCUGUCCCGCCUCCCACAGAGGGAGUCUAUAUAACCCCAGGGGAAUUCAUAGCCAGUGUCUAGGCUGUUUGCCCUUCUGGCCCCUGGGACAUCCCCAUCGCACCCACAGCUGCUGUUCACCCAUCUACCUGCCCACUGAGACUAAACAUGGCACCCAAGAAGGCAAAGAGAAGGGCAGCAGAAGGAAGCUCCAAUGUCUUCUCCAUGUUUGACCAAACACAGAUCCAGGAGUUUAAAGAGGCCUUCACUGUUAUUGACCAGAACAGAGAUGGCAUCAUUGACAAGGAAGACCUGCGAGAUACAUUUGCUGCUAUGGGCCGCCUGAAUGUGAAGAAUGAAGAAUUAGAUGCCAUGAUCAAGGAGGCCAGCGGCCCCAUCAAUUUCACUGUCUUCCUCACCAUGUUUGGGGAGAAGCUGAAGGGUGCUGAUCCCGAGGACGUAAUCAUUGGUGCCUUCAAAGUCUUGGACCCUGAGGGCAAGGGGACCGUCAAGAAGAAAUUCUUGGAAGAACUCUUGACCACCCAGUGUGACCGGUUCACUUCAGAAGAGAUCAAGAAUAUGUGGCAUGCUUUCCCUCCAGAUGUAGCUGGCAAUGUUGACUACAAGAACAUCUGCUAUGUCAUCACACAUGGAGAGGACAAGGAAGGGGAAUAAACCCUGAAUUUUUUACCCUUGCUUUGUGGGGGAUUCCACCUAGACACCCCCAGGCCGGGGAAUUUCAUUUACACUGGUCCCUGAUGAUCCACACUUUUGUAACCAAACAACAAACAUAUCGAUCUGUUAUUUAUUAUUAUCAUUUGGGGAGAAAAAUUAUA